UAGCAGUGCAUGGAAAACAUUCUCACACCAACUCUGUUGGCUGACUGAUUCAUACAUUUUCAACCUCUUCUGCAGCACAGACACACAGUCAGACUGAAGCCAGUCGAUUCUUGAGGAAACCCAAGACAAAGAGACAUCAUUUUGGAGUUGUCAUACAUAUUGAUGAGAUUUUUGAGGAAACCCAAGACGAAGAGGCAUCAUUUUGGAGUUGGCGCACAUAUCGAUGAAAUUUCUGAGGAAUCCCUAAAACACAGAGGCAUCAUUCUGCCAUUUUCGCAAAUGCUGUAGUGAUUUUUGCUCUGAUUUUUAACCUUCCCUCUCUACACGAUCAUUACUCUGUCUGCCAUGCUGAUUUCUCCCUGUUGAUUCCUCUGCUCUCCUCUCCUGUGACUGUGGUGACUGUGAAUGUAGUGAAGGUGUGUGGGUGGGCAAGGUCACUCGAGUAAAAAAGAAUGUGAUUUUCACUCUAAAAGCUUUGAGAAGAGCAAGCGACAGAAGGAGAGAGAGAGAGAGAGAGAGUGAAUGAGAGAGGGAGAGGGAGAUAGAGAGAAAUAGAGGGAGGAAUAGAGAAGAGCUGAAGGCUGAGAGGUAGAAGAAGAAGAAGCCAUCUGACUUAAUACAGAUACACCAUUCUCUUCUGCAGUAGCCUACCAGAGCAGGACUUGGAGAUGCCAUUGAAACGAGACCCGGGGAAGAAAGGCGAGGACAUCACCGCUGUGUACGAGCUGAAGGAGAAGCUGGGAGAGGGCUCUUUCUCGGAGGUGCGGGUGGCUCAGCACCGGCGCACCAAGAGGCUUGUAGCCGUCAAGUGCAUCCGCAAGAGGGUGCUGAAGGGCAAGGAAUCCAUGCUGGAGAAUGAGAUCACCGUGCUGCGCAAAAUCACUCAUGACAACAUUGUGUCCUUGGAGGAAACUUUCGAGACGCCUUCAAAACUGUACUUGGUGAUGACACUACUGACGGGAGGAGAGCUGCUGGACAGGAUCCUAGAGAGGGGCAGCUACAUGGAGAGGGACGCCAGCCAUGUCAUACGGCAGGUGCUGGAGGCCAUCAGGUACCUGCAUCAGCUGGGCAUCGUCCACAGAGACCUCAAGCCUGAGAAUCUGCUGUAUGAGACGCCCUUGGAUGACUCCAAGAUCGUCAUCAGUGACUUUGGCCUGUCCAAGAUAGGAGAGCAGGACAUGCUGUCCACCGCCUGUGGCACGCCUGCUUAUGUGGCUCCGGAGGUGCUGCAGCAGAAGACCUAUGGUAAAGAGGUGGACCUCUGGGCAGUGGGAGUCAUCGCCUUUAUCCUUCUCUGCGGCUAUCCGCCAUUUUACGAUGACAACGACACACAGCUGUACAGGCAGAUCAUCAAGGCUGAAUACGAGUUCGACUCGCCAUACUGGGACGAAAUUUCAGACUCAGCAAAGGACUUCAUUGGCCACUUACUGCAGAAGGACCCCAAGAAGCGAUACAAUAGCGAGGAGGCCUUGCAGCAUCCUUGGAUAUCAGGGGGAGCCGCUCUGGAGAAAAACAUCCACGGCUCCGUCAGCGAGCAGAUUCAGAAGAACUUUGCCAAGAGCCAUUGGAAGAGGGCGUUUAAUGCUACUAUGGUGGUGCGUCAUCUCAGUAAGAAGGCCCACAGCUCAGAGGAGGAUGGGGGAGACGGCAGCGUUGGGAAAGCUCUCCAGUCACCCCGGGAGUGAUCCACCACCCAUCACCACCAGGGCUGCUCUCCUCUGCUCAGCUCACGGACCAGCCAGUCAGCCAGCCACCUGCUUCCCAGGACAGACAGUAUGUCAGUGUGUGUUUCCCUCUGGUCAGUCGAUGGGGAUUUUGUCUCACACCUCUUCUGACUGCAUAAUGCUGCUGCUAUUGCCGCUUCCCAAGUCUUUACGUCUCUUUACCUUGAGUAGUUUUCAGUGCCUUUAGUGCCCUGGUACUCUCUGCUGCUUAUUAUACUGAAUACAUGCAUGGGUGUAUGGAUAGCGUCAUUGUGUUAUUGUUUAUCUCUUAAUAUUUGUGUGAUGGGGCUUUUUGUCGCGUGUUGGCAUAACGAUGAUGUUCGCCUGAUUACAGUGCAAAUGCUUUGGCGUGAGUGUAUAUACAGUGGGAGUGCAUUUAGCUAAGUGACCUAUUUUAGCGAGCGGGUAUUUGUUUCCCAAAGUGCAUGGCUAAUAUCACAGAAUUGCCAGAGUGAACGCUAGUAAUUAAUCUCUCUCUCUCCCCCAAGUGCGCGCCGCAUUGUAUUUGUGUUGGCCGGUGGUGGAUGUAGUCGUGUAAGUACUGUAAAGGCUUGUUGUGUGUAUGUACCGUAUGGGGCUGACUGCAAGACCCAGAGCCAUUUUUCAAUCAAUUGACAUUUUUUCCUCUUUGCACAUUCCUGUUGACCUAAUGCAUUAGCUUUAUUCCCCUAAUGAGAUGAAUGGCCGUGCAUUCGUGCCCAGGCUUUAUGUUGGUCAGACAGCAACAUGUAUAUUCAUUUAUCUCGGUUUCGGUCUGUGUUCGGACUUAAUGUUUUGGGCUUUGUACUUGUUUGUUGUGGUUCAGGCGAUUUAGACUGCCAUCUUGUUAACACUGAUAGCAUCGCACAGCAAAUUCAGGCUAUCAAGCCAGGAAAUACUGGCAAUCUGUAAUUGUGUUUUUUUGUUUAUAUGCAUUAAAUUGUCCUUUAAAUGCUCUACACGGAUGAGAACUUGAUGUGAUUAAGAGAAUAAAAAGACACACUGGGAGUGCAGUCUCUCCAGCUGUAAGAAAUCAAUG